AUGCGCGAGAUUAAGGACAAGGAUCUACGCAAAAAGCUUGUUAACAUGGGUUACGCAUUGACGGAGGCUACAUUUAACUACUAUCACGGAGAAAUCAGAAGAACAGACAUUGAGGCUUCAAAUUGGAUAGACAACAUACCUAGGGAGAAGUGGGCUAGAGCAUUUGACGGAGGACAAUGUUGGGGACAUAUGACAUCUAACUUGGUAGAGGCCAUGAACUCUGUACUAAAGGCAACCAGAAACCUUCCAAUCACUGCUUUGGUCCAGUCUACAUACUAUCAAAUGGGUUCACUUUUUGGUAAACGAGGACAUUAA